AAUGGGCGAUGCAAACAGAGUUGGUAGCGCAGCAGUUCCUCGUAUUCUCCGCCGCUCCCUCCCCCAUCCCUCUUUUAUAUUCCCUCCAUCCUGCAAUUCUUCAUUCUCCCCUUAAAUCAUUUGCUUUCUUUUGCUGUCCCCAAUUCCUCACCUCGAUCCCCCCUCCCUCAAAGAAAAUGGAUUCUCCGUUUCUCUCUAACACCACCCUCUCUUUCUCCUCUUCCUUCUCUUCUUCUCCUCUUCCUCAUCUUUUCCCCUCCGUUUCUUUCUCCCCAGUUCGUUUCAAGUCAACCCAGAGACGAAUUCUGACAGUUCGCUCCAAGAUCCGGGAGAUCUUCAUGCCUGCCCUCAGUUCUACCAUGACCGAGGGCAAGAUCGUCUCUUGGGUUAAAUCCGAAGGCGAUGUACUCUCCAAAGGCGAGAGCGUUGUUGUCGUUGAAUCCGACAAGGCUGACAUGGAUGUCGAGACCUUCUACGACGGCAUUCUCGCUGCUAUAGUUGUCGGGGAAGGCGAAACUGCCCCUGUUGGCGCUGCCAUUGGUAUCCUCGCGGAGACUGAAGAUGAAAUUGCCGAGGCUAAGGCCAAAGCUACCUCAAAACCAGGUGCUUCAACACCAUCUGCUCCAGCUCCAACUGCUGCCUCAACUCCAGCUCAUCCGAAGUCGACGCCAGCUAACGCGGCUCAAACAGUUGCGGAGGGGCGGAGGAAGACUGUUGUGACACCAUAUGCGAAGAAGUUAGCGAAGCAGCACAAGGUGGAUAUUGAGUCUGUGGUGGGAACCGGUCCAUAUGGGAGGAUUACGCCAGAGGACAUUGUGGCAGCUGCCGGUAUUUCUCCUUCGAAGACAAAUGAGGGACCUGCAGUGGUUGUGGAAGCCAGGCCUGCAGCACCAACAAAAGCUACAGUUGUUUCUUCCGCCCCUCCUAUCCUUCCUCCUCCAGUUCCAGGCUCUACAACAGUGCCAUUUACGACAAUGCAGGCUGCCGUUUCGAAGAAUAUGGUGGAGAGUCUUUCAGUGCCCACAUUUCGAGUGGGAUACCCUGUUACUACGGACGCGCUUGAUGCCUUGUAUGAGAAGGUGAAACCAAAGGGUGUAACAAUGACUGCUUUGUUAGCGAAAGCAGCUGCAAUGGCACUUGUGCAGCACCCUGUUGUGAAUUCAAGCUGUAAGGAUGGCAAGAGUUUUACUUAUAACAGUAACGUCAACAUCGCAGUAGCUGUUGCUAUCAACGGUGGCUUGAUUACCCCUGUUCUUCAAGAUGCAGAUAAGUUGGACUUGUAUCUACUGUCUCAAAAAUGGAAAGAACUGGUGGAGAAAGCCCGGGCAAAGCAGCUUCAGCCUCAAGAAUAUAACUCGGGGACAUUCACUCUGUCCAAUCUGGGAAUGUUUGGAGUGGACAAGUUUGAUGCCAUUCUUCCCCCAGGCCAGGGAGGUAUCAUGGCUGUUGGAGCAUCAAAGCCAACUGUUGUAGCUGAUGCUGAUGGUUUCUUCAGCGUCAAAAAGAAAAUGCUGGUGAAUGUAACUGCUGACCACCGUAUUAUCUAUGGCGCUGAUUUGGCUGCCUUCCUUCAGACCUUCUCAAAGAUUGUUGAGAACCCUGAAAGCCUCACUUUGUAGAUGUUUAUGCAUUGAAGUCACACCGGGUCUUCUAAUUUGGCUGCAAAGCUGAGCUGAUUGUCUGUCUAUUUAAACAGAUGACCUACCUAAGGAACAUGUUCUCUGUAUCAGUACAUCAUAUCGGAUUUCAUU